AUGAGCACUUCAAGCACAGGCAGCACGCCCCUUGAUUUCGAGGAUGCAAACCAUAACAAUUCAGCCGCCCCUUCUUCAGUUGCCAAUAUAACCACGACCAACACCACCAAGAAAAAGAAAAAACGUUCUUUGGGAACAUUUCCAUGUCAGCACUGCGACAAAGUUUUUAGUAGAUCCGACCACCUAGCUCGUCAUAAUUUGAACCACGAACCAAAGGAAGUGUUUGUUUGCGAUUUCCCAGUCGAAAUGGGCGAGGCAAGUGGAAAUGGAAAUGGAAGUAGAGGGGUAGGUGGUGGAACAACAAAAUGUGGAAAGACUUUUGUUAGGAAAGAUUUGAAAGAAAGACAUGUAAGAAGACACUAUGAACUAAUGAAUGAGGCAAGUGGUACUGCAGCGACAUCACCAGCCAAAUCCGACAACAAUAAUGGACGUACUGGCGGAAAAAGAGACAUCAAGAGGAAAAAAUACGGUUCAAGUAGUUCUAUUGCAACACUCGCUACUGAUACUGGGAUUUCACAUCAGCCAGGAAACGGUAUGCAAAUCUCAAAUCUCAUUGACACAGCAGAGAGAAGAGUAUCCUACCCUAAUGUUCAUACUCCUAAUGGACGAGAAAGACAUUCACUGCUCAACUCUUCACAUUCUAACCACUUUCCACCUACUCAUCCUACUCAACUGCUACUAGAACAACAGCAUCAACAGCAUCAACAGCAUCAAAACAUUCAUCAUCAUCUUCAACACCAACAAACUCACGACAAUAAUCAGUUGGCACACACACCAAUUUCUGGUGCACCACCAAUACCACCAACAAUCGACUCCUCUCCCCUGUAUCCCUUGACUACCAAUCUUGGGUAUCCCAACACAAAUAACUUUGACACUCUACUCAAGAACUACGGAACAACUUUGCCCCAAAAUGAUAUUUUGAAUUGGUUGUUCAACGACUAUCAACAGACAAGCGUACCGUACCAGGUCCAGCCUGCUAGUACUAUCCCACAGCAUCAUCAACAACAGCAGCAACAGCAACAAAAGGUGUCACAAAUACAAGCAGUACCGUCAUUUCAGCAACAACACUCACAACAGAGUAAUACAAUCAAUUUUGGACUUGGUCAAAACACCCCCAAUAUCCCAUCACCAUAUGUGAUGUCGCCUCAAAUGACAAGUAAUGGCCAAUCAAAUAUAAGUCAAUCAGUACAACCACCAUAUGACAGUGCAAACAUACUUCAUAACGGAAUCAUGGAUGCAAAUGUAUUUUCAAAUGAAUCCAAUCCUCUCGAUGAGUUCUUCACAACUAAUUAUAAUAAUAUGGCAUCAAAAACUGCACGGAGAUCCAUCACUGAAGAAAAUGCAAGAUUCCCUAACCAGGUAUAUAAUACUGAUACGACAACCACAUCUCCCACUAGCACCGCUGACUCUGUUGCCGAGAGUGUUCCCGCACUUUCAGACAUCACCUUAACCGAAGAGGGUAAGUAUAUGCAUUUCUCAGAAAGAUACAAUAUUGGCAAGUAUAGAAACUAUUAUUUGGACACUCAAUUGGUUAACUCAAUUUUUCAAUCACUCGGUAUCAACAGACUAGAUAUCGCCAAACUUGGAGAAGCCAAUAACAAAUUGGAAAAUAAACUCGAAAGCAAACUCGAAAGUAAACUCGAGAACAGAUUUGCAUACUACUUGUCGCUGUAUUGGAGCCAUUUUCAUCCCCAAUUUUCCAUUGUUCACAAACCGUCGUUUGACACAAAGACAGCCAACCCGUUAUUAUUAGCAUCAAUGAUUAUUGUUGGUGCUCAGUAUAGUUUCCCCGGAACAGCAGAACAAUUGUCUCAACAACGUAAGAAAUCCCUUGAGUGGGAAAUUAGUAAUGCACUUGCACAACCAUUGAGGUUUGCAUUGUUUCAGCACGAGGAUUUCAAGUCGCCAGUCAAAGUAUGGAUUUUGCAAUGCCUCAACAUGUUGGAAUGGGUGGAGAAAAAUUUUCUUUCUCGGAGGUUGCACGAAAGAGCGCACUUACAUCAUGGAACUACUGCACAACUAUUGAGACGAAGUGCAAUGAUGGGUGGGAACCCUGCAAAGAUCAACAAGAAAAGCACAAGCGCGCCAUCAAGUGCAGGGGAAGAGAGCGAGACAAAUGAAGCUGAAGAUUCUCGCGGAGAGGAAAAUAAUGAUGAAAACAAGGAUCAAGUAUUGUUUGAUCAAUGGGUGGAAUCUGAAUCUUUAAAGAGGGCAACAUUUAUGACUUUUUAUUUGGACAUAAUUGAUUAUGUCAAGUUCCGCCAUAAUCCACAAAUUUUGUUUUACCAAUUACAGUUGCUCAAUAUCCCAUGCAAUGAAGAAACUAUUUGGGAGUCAACCGAAAUCAAUGGCUCGUUUAAAAAACUUGUUAAACGAUUAAAAAAGCUUCAAGAUGCAGGUAAUAAGAAAAAAGUCCCUAAAAAGGAAAGUUUCUUGUCUGCUGUGAAAAAAUUGCUCAAAAGUGGAGGAGGAAGCGGAUUAGGAGGAAUGAAGUUUGAAGAACUUAAAGCCGAGUCGCCCUUUUACAAAAAAAUCUUGCUUGCAGGAUUGAUCUCACUAAUGUACCAAAUGCAACAAGUUGAGCUUCAAACGCAUUCGUCGUUGCUCACGGGCAAUCAUUUGAGCAGUAAUAGCAAGAUAUGGAGAGAAAUGCUUUCUCGAGUCUUUGACACUUGGUACUUUCAAAUAAUGGACAAUGCGAAACCCACCGCUACUACAGGCGUGUCCGUUUACAAUACACCUAAAGUGAAUGUAUCUUUACCUAUAUUUUACCUAACACAAAUUAUUGCUAUGCCCGAUUUGACCAACUAUGAUAUUGCAAUUUAUUGUGGCUCGCCGGCAAAUCAAAGUGUUGCUGCGUCAAUGAAGGACCAUCACAUUGUUCAACGCAAGAUGAUCAAUCUUUGGGGAAGUAAAAACAAAAGCGUCGAGAGUUUAAGAAGUAUUGUUUAUUGUCUUGUCUUCCUAUGGAAUGUCUUUUUGGGAGAAGAAAAUGAACCAUUAGACUGGAACUCUAAUUGCGACUAUCAUGAUUCAGCUGCACCGUUGAGUUUGGCAAUCUUGGUGCUAUGGAGUUUCUGUUUUGUGACUUGUGGUCUUGAAAGUAACCGAUAUCCAGAAAUUGAACAUAUGAAUGAAACCAGUCUGGAUAGUAAUAGAUACGAGGAACAGCUUGCAACAUUGAGUGCCGAGAAUGGUUAUCAAUAUUUAAUACGGAUCAAAGAGGAGUUUUUGACCAAUUUAAGGAAACAAAAUUUGCAUAAGGAGUAUAGUAUACAUCCUUAUUCAGGAACAAAACACCAUGAUGUGAUUAACAAAUAUUGUGAAAUUCUUCCUUUGAUUUCCAAUAAGCAAAACAUUUCUGGGUUAUGUUUCUUGAUAGGUAGUAAGCUUGUUAGAAGUCAGUGGGAGAUUAUGCGAGAGCACGGGAAGUUGAUAAUCAAUUGUGGGUUGAGAUCAAUAGGAAAGAAGAAUAUACUUUGUCUGGACUUGUUUGAUAAUGAAUUUCAAUAA